CUCAUUUCCACUCCUCAUUUCGCGUUCACCCACGAGAAGAUCUCCGAGCGUCCAGCAUCAUGUCCUCAGACGUCCAGCUGCGCGAGCGAACGGACCCGGAGAGCAGCGAGCCAGCGGGCGACAGGAGCGACUGAGAGCAGGUGUCAGAAGUCAUACGUCCUGCCCAUAGUGAACUGACCAGCUGUACCUGAGCCAUGGACACCAUGGAUACAAUAAACUUCACCUUCUGGAACGCCUCUGAGGGCAACGAGACCAUGGAGACAGUGGACGAGAGCCCUUAUAAGACAGUGGAGGUGGUGUUCAUUGUACUGGUGGCCGGCUCACUAAGUCUGGUGACCGUUAUCGGGAACAUCUUGGUCAUGCUUUCCAUCAAGGUAAACAGAAGCCUGCAGACUGUCAACAACUACUUCUUGUUUAGCCUGGCCUGUGCUGACCUCAUCAUUGGCCUUUGCUCUAUGAACUUGUACACAGUCUACAUUGUGAUCGGAUACUGGCCACUAGGUCCGGUUGUGUGCGACUUGUGGUUGGCGCUGGACUAUGUGGUUAGCAAUGCCUCCGUCAUGAACCUGCUGAUCAUCAGCUUUGAUCGCUACUUUUGUGUCACCAAGCCGCUCAGCUACCCGGUGAAGAGGACCACCAAAAUGGCAGGCAUGAUGAUUGCCGCAGCAUGGGUGUUGUCUUUCAUCCUCUGGGCUCCGGCGAUCCUGUUCUGGCAGUUUAUCGUUGGUGGGCGCACAGUGCCAGAGAAGGAGUGCUACAUUCAGUUCUUCUCCAACGCCGCGGUCACUUUCGGCACAGCCAUAGCUGCUUUCUACCUGCCCGUCAUUAUCAUGAUGGUGCUGUACUGGCAGAUAUCCCGCGCCAGCAAGAGCCGCGUCAAGAAGGACAACCGCAAGCCGUCGGGUGGCAACCUCGACGUGGCCUCUUCCAAUCAGAUCCGUGAGAACGCAGCCAACAAACCCACCAACAACAACCUAACAGCUGAAGAAACAGAUCGAGGACAGACCCAGCUAACAGAUGAUGCCGCCAACCAGCACGAUGCCAAACUCCAGAAUGGCAAAGCGCCAUCCACAGCGAGCGGAGAAGCGGAGGCUGAAGAGGGCGGAAGAGGAAACUGCGUUCCCGCAGAGGAGAAAGAAAGCUCCAAUGACUCCACCUCUGGCAGCGGCGGCGUAACCAAUCAAAAGGAGGAGGCGGCACCAUCCAGAGUUGACGACAACCAGGCUCCUGCUAGGCACCGCGCCAAAGCUGGCGGCUCCAAACUGACGUGCAUCAAGAUCAUCACCAAAUCGCCAAAAGGAGACUGCUACGCGCCUUCGAACGCGACCGUGGAGAUCGUCCCUGCGACCGAGAGGCAGAACCACGUGGCGAGGAAGAUCGUGAAGAUGACCAAGCAGCCGCCCAAGAAGAAAAAGGCGCCGUCCUCUCGGGAAAAGAAGGUCACGCGCACCAUCAUGGCCAUCCUGGUGGCGUUCGUGGCUACUUGGACGCCCUACAACGUCAUGGUCCUCAUCAACACCUUCUGCUCCAGCUGCAUUCCCAACACCGUGUGGACCAUCGGAUACUGGCUCUGCUACAUCAACAGCACGAUCAACCCCGCCUGCUACGCCCUCUGCAACAUCACCUUCAAAAAGACCUUCAAACAGCUGCUGCUCUGCCAGUACAAGAACAUACGCUCCACCCGAUGAGCAGCAAACAUAGUGUGUGUGCAUGCGUUACAUUUUACAUGUGUGUGUUCUUGUGACUAAGGUGUAUGUGUGGAUGUGUUUGUAUGUGUGAAGAGGUCAUAAGGAAGUAAAAACCAAUUCAAGUCGUCGGCCAUUAUAAAACUGGCCCAACAACACCCGUCAUCCUAGUUUAAUUUUUUUGUCAGAUACAAAUCAGACGUGUUUAAAUCAGAUUUUCCUCUAAAAUAAGUGCAGAAAAUGCAGUCCUCAGAUCGUGUCUGGGCAGGUGUGUGUUUGCAUUCAUUGUUUUUUUAUAUAUAGAUAGUCUGUUGUAGCACUUUGCACACAUAGAUGUGAUGCAUGUCACAAAAGGAGGAAAAGAAGUGCUAAAAUAUCUGAUUUAUAAACAAAAAUGUUAAAAGUACAAAAAAAUACGAGCAUAUAGAUCAGAUUGGAGUCUGUACUAUUCAAUAAUACACAAAUAAGGGGACAACAGGGCUGACUGAAGAUCCAAACCAAACGCGUUUGAGCUUCAGUAUAAAAUCACACCUGUAUAUACGUGUAUAUAAUCAUGUACUGUAUCCGUGUCGUGUGUGUGGUUGCAUGCUGGAUGAUGGUGCGUGUGUGUUCGACAUUAAAAGUCCAACAUGAAGCCCGUUUACUGAUGUGUAAUCAGGAAUAUUCAACAAGAUUUAACGUAGGGUGCUACUUGAUUUCAUCCAUAUCAUUAAAAGAAACAACUUCAAUAAUGUGCACCAAUGAAUUGUGUAAAAUAAGGUCAGAAACAUGUGUAAAGGAAGUAAACGGGCUCAUGUUGACUUUAAAGCUUCAUUAAAUGGAAGCGUCUAUGAUGACAGGUAGCUGGUUGCAGGGUUUGUGUGUGUUUGUUGUGUGUGUGUGUGCUCUGUGAGAGCAAUAAGAGGGUUGAAGAGGCUCUCCGGUGUGCCCGUAUGUUAAAGUGGAUGAGUUUUGAGUGCUCGGGGUCUCCAGGGAUGCAAAUCUAAACCUUUUAAAGUGAGCAGACGCGCAGGAUAAAGAGGCUCUCACAGGCACGCAGCCAUUAGCAUCCACCUCACCUCUGCUUUGCAUUUACACAAAACAGUUCACUCACGCUUGGGAGAAAAAAAGGAAAAUACCAGCUACGUACAGAAUAAUGAAGAGAACGCUAAUUCAUCAGAUACUCCAAAACCUGCUUGUGAAACUGAAAAAAAUCUUAUUAAAAGGCCAAAACGCUUGCUUUCUGCCUCAUUGUAAAUGACAUUCAGCACGUCUGACACGCAUGUUUUUGUGAAGUGCAACGUCCUGAUGACCUGCUCGGCUCUCUGGGUUCAUGAUACGCCUGCGGGCGACGUGUUUGAAAGUGUGUGUGAGUGUGUGUGUGUGUUUGAUCACCCCGGAAAGGGGUUUAUUAUAACUCACAGGUUCAUGCCUUGUGAAUUUAAAGGGCUAAAGUGCAUAAGCUUCCUCAUCUCAUUAUGAGACGCCAAGUCACCAUUAGUUGUUUUGGAAUCAUUAAAACAGAUUAACAGAAUCCUCGCUCAAAGAUGAGGAUCAUGGGAAAUGUCAGUCAAUCGAUCACAGAGCUGCAGCUCAUAAAUUUGACAGUGAUGCAUGCUGGGGGAAUCGAGCUCGAGCUUAAUUUUGCAUCAGUGUUAUUUUAAUUUUUUUAAUAUCGCUAUUUAGGUUUGAUUUUUUUUAUUUUUUAUUUCCAUUUAAUAAUUUUAGUUCUUCAACUUAAACUUAUUUCAGUUAAUUGUGAAA